ACAUAAUAGAGGUAUUUGGAGACCUCAGUGCUUUUUAUUCUUAAAUGUUUUAUUGUUAUAAAAUAUAGAUAAUGUAAAGUUUACAUUUUAAACUUUAAAAAAAUAGCUUUAUGUGUAAUUUAGUAGCUUUCAGCACAUUCACAAUGUUGGUAACCAUCCAUCUGCACAACUGGAACAAACUCUAGACAUUAUUUGUCUAGUGGGAUCAGACAGUAUGUGUCUCUGUCUCUGGCUUAUUUCACUCAGCGUAAGGCAUUCAGAGUCAUGUAUGUUGGAGCAUAUAUCAAAAUUUUAUUUCUUUUAUGGUUGAAUAAUGUUCCAUUGUAUUUAUGCACCACAUUUGGUUUAUCUGUUCAUCCCCUCUGUACUCCUGGUUACAAGAUAAGAGCACUUGCAAAUGUAACUAUUAAUUAUUGGUAAAUUUAAAUAGACUUACUGAUUAAAUAGUAAACCAUAUGAUAUAGAAUAUAAAUAUGUAUAGAGCAUGGAUUAUGGAGAUCCUUUUUCUUGUAUUUUUUAUAAUCCAGGGAAGGAAAAAUUCAGCCUGGUAUUUGAAAUUCUGAGUCAUUAACUGAGGUAAUGGUUAGUCAUUUAACUCUUGCUUUCCUUAUAAUGUUAACAGUACUGGCUGUAUACAGGUUAGUUUUAUCAAAAGUGUAAGCUUUGUUUUUUUAAACUAUUAAUAAUUACCUCCAGCAAAGUCAUUCUUUCUCUAAGGUUACAUUAUAAUUUUGUUUCAGCUUUAUUGAAGGCUGUUUCAUUCUGCUAUCCUAUAAUUUUACUGUUACCUUGAUUGACCUGGGAACUGGUACAUAGUAGGUGCUUAAUAAAUAUUGAAUCAAGAAGUGUUUUUAGCUGUAUAGUUACAAACAUUCUUGUAUUAUUUUUGUAGAGUAUACCACUAAAUUCAUUCAUUAUUUGUUGAUGUUACUAGUUUAAUUCUCAUAAGGUAGUCUCAUUUGCAGGUUCCUAAAUUUACUUAACUUUAAAUAUUUUAAAAGAUUAGACUUUGGCUUUUAAAAGUUCUAGCACUGAAAAGUUUUCAACACUAUCAUGCCAUGUUUUUAACUUUUAUUAAACUAUAGAGUGAAAUAUUAGUGAAAGCAGUCAUUCCUGGGCUUCUGUGCUUAUGAAUCAGGUUGUAACUAUUUCUUUGACGUUAGAUUUGUGGUUUCUUGAACUACUUUAAGUGAUGCAAAAGAUGAGUCUCAUUAGGCGGCUCCUCUUGUUUUAGGAGUGUAUUUGGUGUUCUAUUGUAAACAGAUUUUUUUCCAAGGAAAGUUCUCUACAGUCUCACUAAACAAUUUAUUUAGGAAUGAAAUCCCAUCUAUAUAUACAGGCCCCUACAUGUUGUAUUAUGUUACCCGUGUGUGUGUUGCUUUUUACUUAUUUGUUUGUUCAAAAUAACCCCUGAGGUUUUGAGGUGACUCCAUUCUGACUCAAUCUGUUCCUAGUUACUAGACAGUUGCCUUCGGGCCACCCUCCUCCCACUUGGCACUUGUACAUUCUUCCUCCCCUGUUGGUUCCCGGGCCACCCCGCACAUGAGUCAGUGUCCCAGGCACGUGGUGCCGCUCGUCAGAGUGGAAUGCCGAGACUGCCUCGUCCCAGAGCAGUGUGAGUCCUGUGCUUCUGGGCGGAGGGAUGGUCCUGGGGACAGCUCUGCUUCCAGCUGGUCGUUAUGGCCGAGGUCAGGGCACUUCACUCUGCUGCCCGCGCACUGACGCCCCAGGAACUGCUCUGCCCAACCUGACAGAUCACUUUGCCAGCUGUGUGGAGGAUGGCUUUGAGGGAGACAAGACUGGAGGCAGUAGUCCAGAAGCCUUGCACCGCCCCUACGGGUGUGACGUGGAGCCCCAGGCGCUGCACGAGGCCAUCAGGUGGAGCUCCAAGGAGAACUUGCUGGGAGCCACCGAGAGCGACCCCAACCUCUUCGUUGCACUUUAUGACUUUGUAGCAAGUGGUGACAACACACUCAGCAUCACUAAAGGUGAAAAGCUACGGGUCCUUGGUUACAACCAGAAUGGGGAGUGGAGUGAAGUUCGCUCUAAGAACGGCCAGGGCUGGGUGCCAAGCAACUACAUCACCCCGGUGAACAGCCUGGAGAAGCACUCCUGGUACCACGGGCCGGUGUCGCGCAGCGCCGCCGAGUAUCUGCUCAGCAGCUUGAUCAACGGCAGCUUCCUGGUGCGGGAGAGCGAGAGCAGCCCCGGGCAGCUGUCCAUCUCGCUCAGGUACGAGGGGCGUGUGUACCACUACAGGAUCAACACCACCGCAGACGGCAAGGUGUACGUGACCACCGAGAGCCGCUUCAGCACCUUGGCCGAGCUGGUCCACCAUCACUCCACAGUGGCCGAUGGGCUGGUGACGACAUUGCACUACCCCGCACCCAAGUGUAACAAGCCUACGGUUUACGGCGUGUCCCCCAUCCAUGACAAAUGGGAGAUGGAGCGAACAGAUAUCACCAUGAAGCACAAACUUGGGGGUGGUCAGUAUGGAGAGGUUUACGUCGGCGUCUGGAAGAAAUACAGCCUGACAGUUGCCGUGAAAACAUUGAAGGUCACAGGUGAACAGUUCUCCAGCACAUCAUCUGUACCCUGUACGGAAGAUACCAUGGAGGUGGAGGAGUUCCUGAAGGAAGCUGCAGUGAUGAAGGAAAUCAAGCAUCCUAAUCUGGUGCAACUAUUAGGCGUGUGCACUCUGGAGCCUCCGUUUUACAUCGUCACGGAGUACAUGCCGUAUGGGAACCUGCUGGAUUACCUCCGGGAGUGCAGCCGAGAGGAGGUGACGGCCGUCGUGCUGCUCUACAUGGCCACGCAGAUCUCUUCCGCCAUGGAGUACUUGGAGAAGAAGAACUUCAUCCACAGAGAUCUUGCCGCUCGGAACUGCCUAGUGGGGGAGAACCACGUGGUCAAAGUGGCUGACUUCGGCCUCAGUCGACUGAUGACUGGAGACACCUACACCGCUCACGCUGGAGCCAAGUUCCCCAUUAAAUGGACAGCCCCGGAGAGCCUUGCCUACAAUACCUUCUCCAUCAAAUCUGACGUCUGGGCCUUUGGGGUGCUGCUGUGGGAAAUCGCUACAUACGGAAUGUCACCGUACCCGGGCAUUGACCUGUCUCAGGUCUACGAUCUGCUGGAAAAGGGGUAUCGAAUGGAGCAGCCUGAAGGAUGCCCCCCCAAGGUUUACGAACUUAUGAGAGCAUGCUGGAAAUGGAGCCCCGCCGACAGGCCCUCGUUCGCGGAAACACAUCAGGCUUUUGAAACGAUGUUCCACGACUCCAGCAUCUCUGAAGAGGUGGCCGAGGAGCUGGGGAGGGCCGCCGCCGCCUCAUCUGUCGUGCCCUACCUGCCCCGAUUGCCCAUACUUCCUUCCAAGACCCGGACGCUGAAGAAGCAGGCGGAGAACAAGGAGAAUAUCGAGGGGGCCCAAGAUGCCACGGACAAUUCUGCUUCCAGUUCAGCACCAGGGUUCAUUAGAAGUGCACAGGCCCCCAGCGGGUCCCCGGCACUGCCUCGAAAACAGAGGGACAAGUCACCCAGCAGCCUCUUGGAAGAUGCCAAAGAGACAUGCUUCACCAGGGAUAGGAAGGGAGGCUUCUUCAGCUCCUUCAUGAAAAAGAAAAAUGCCCCCACACCCCCCAAACGCAGCAGCUCCUUCCGAGAAAUGGAGAAUCAGCCCCACAAGAAAUACGAACUCACGGGUAACUUCUCAUCUGUUGCUUCUCUACAGCAUGCUGAUGGGCUCUCUUUCACUGCUGCCCAGCAAGAGGCGAAUCUGGCGCCCUCCAAGUGCUAUGGGGGGAGCUUUGCGCAGAGGAACCUCUGUAAUGACGACGGUGGCGGGGGUGGGGGCAGCGGCACCGCAGGGGGCGGGUGGUCUGGCAUCACAGGCUUCUUUACACCACGCUUAAUCAAAAAGACGCUGGGCUUGCGAGCAGGUAAACCCACAGCCAGUGAUGAUGCUGCCAAGCCUUUUCCAAGGUCAAACUCUACAUCUUCCAUGUCCUCAGGGCUUCCAGAGCAGGAUAGGAUGGCAAUGACCCUUCCCAGGAACUGCCAGAGGUCCAAACUCCAGCUGGAAAGGACAGUGUCCGCCUCUUCUCAGCCAGAAGAGAAUGUGGACAGGGCCAGUGACACGCUUCCCAAAAAAUCAGAGGAAGGUGCCGCUCCAACCAGGGAGAGACCAAAAGCCAAACUUUUGCCCAGAGGAGCCGCAGCUCUUCCUCUCAGAGCCCCCUCUGGGGACCCAGCCAUCACAGAGAAGGACCCCCCAGGGGUGGGGGUGGCUGGAGUGGCAGCUGCCCCCAAGAGCAAGGAGAGGAAUGGUGGGGCGCGGCUUGGCAUGGCUGGAGUCCCAGAGGACGGCGAGCAUGCAGGCUGGUCCCCGGCCAAGGCCGCGGCCGUGCUCCCGACCACGCACAACCACAAAGUGCCCGUCCUUAUCUCCCCCACUCUGAAGCACACCCCCGCCGACGUGCAGCUCAUUGGCACAGACUCUCAGGGGAAUAAAUUCAAGCUCUUGUCUGAGCAUCAGGUCCCAUCCUCUGGAGACAAAGACCGACCCCGACGGGUGAAACCAAAGUGUGCCCCUCCCCCGCCCCCCGUCAUGAGACUACUGCCGCACCCGUCCGCGUGCUUGGACCCCGCGGAGGAGCCGGCCGCACAGCCCGCGCCCGAAACGCAGGAGGCGGGGAAGAAGGCAGCUCCGGGGGCAGUGCCCGUCGCCGGGAAACCCGGGAGGCCUGCGGUGCCUCCCCCUCAAGUGCCUCUGCCCGCAUCCUCCAUCUCGCCAGCCAAGAUGGCCAACGGCACGGCAGGUACGAAAGUGGCUCUGAGGAAAACCAAACAGGCAGCUGAGAAAAUCUCAGCGGACAAGAUCAGCAAGGAGGCCCUGCUGGAGUGUGCGGACCUACUGUCCAGCGCGAUCUCGGAACCGGUGCCCAAUAGCCAGCUGGUGGACACCGGCCACCAGCUGCUCGACUACUGCUCAGGCUACGUGGACUGCAUCGCGCAGACGCGCAACAAGUUCGCCUUCCGGGAGGCCGUGAGCAAGCUGGAGCUCAGCCUGCAGGAGCUGCAGGUGUCCUCGGCCGCCGCCGCCGGGCCCGGGGCCAACCCGGUCCUCAAUAAUUUACUGUCGUGCGUGCAGGAGAUCAGCGAUGUGGUGCAGAGGUAGCCACUGCCGGCCUCGCGGGAGGCGCGCACGAUUCCCGGGGCGGGGGAGGGGCUUGUUUUCCUGUGUUCUUGUUUUCGAGAAAUGAAAGACUGAUACUUGAGCGUGUCCAUGUGAAGUACCUCAGCUCUCUGAGAUCUCACGUUUACAGGUUCAUCUCACCAGGAACAGAAGGCAGAAGUCCUAGGAGAGGGAAAGCGGAUGGGCUGGGCGGUCGUGGUCGGGGCGGAAGCCGCGCCGGGGCGUCAGGGAGCGGGCGCAUCAGGGAGCGGGCGUGGGUGGUGCCGUGAAGGACCCGGUGCAGCCAUUCUGGCCGGGACUGGUGCGAGGUGGUCGGGCGGGGCCGCCCCCAGCAGUGCCGCGGCCCGUGCACAGGUCGGGGUGACGGAGGGCUGCAGCGGCCACCACUGGUGGUGACGCUCCGCCUCAGCCGGCAGGUUUGGGGGGGCCAGAGAAAGGGAAGCCGUGAAGGUACCGAAUGAUGUUUCUUGCGUUCGAGGCUGUCGGAAGCAGCGCCAGCCUUGCUUCCACAAGGUCCUGCGGCAGCGGGAGCUGCAGAGCGGAGCGCCAGAGCUACAGAGCCGGCCCUGUCUGCACGCCGCUGACCUGUUUUCCUGGGCGUGCGAACUGGUGCAGGAGGGAAGGAAUGCCAGGGUUUCAAACCCCCUCCUAAACUCGCAUGGUGACCGACAAGCCAUUUCCCCCAGUCUAGUCUGUUACCUCUGAGUGGGCCGGGUCGCGCCUCCUGCUGGCUGGUGCCGGACUGUGUGCGUGCAGCAGGGGUCUCUGCAGUGGUCCUUCCCUGCCCCCUGCUGGGCAGGCCAUCUUCCUUCAGUCCUGGCCACAAGCUGGCGUUGGCCCUCGUUGACUUGGAAGUUAGUGGUCAUGGGCAGGUCCUCACAGGGGAGUCCUUUCCUGAUGCGGUGCCCUGCCUGCUGGUGUGCUGGUCAGGGCCUCCGGCAGCUGUAUGUUUCUUCAUCAUCACCGAAAAUACCCAACAAAGGGGCUCCCCUCGAAAGCCCACGGCCAGGCCCAGGGGUUUGUGAUGGAGGAGGGAAGCUGGUUUGGUCCUGAUGGCUGUUUCCCUGUACCUUUCCCUUCCCCCCGCACCUUCGACCCAAACCAGGUGGGAGUACAGAGAAGCACACUCCCUCUCUCUGGGUUUCUGAUGGAUCACCCCAAGUUACUCUCACGUGCUUUUUCUCCUUGCACAUGCCCCCCAUCUUUGUGCUUGUUUGUAAAGAUCACAUUGGGAAUCGUCUUUGAUGUUUAUUUUAAUAUCAUUUUAAGAAUGUUUAAUCGAAGGAGCACAUCAUUUCCAGGGAAUACCAAUUAGAUCCUGGAAAUAUAAUGACUUAACCCUCAAAUAUUUUUGCCUCUGAAAGACAGUCCUUUUUCUUCCCUACUCAUUUAGAAUGAUGGAAGUUAAUUAGGAUUGCAGGGAGCUGAAUCUAAUUGGUUAGAUAUUAUUAAUAUUCUCAGUAUCAGGUCUAAUCCCAGUUACCACUUAAUUCUGUUUUUAAAGCUUUAUGA